ACUAGUGUUUUAAGGUUUCCACAGGAAAUUAACUUAUGGUCAGUGAUAUAUGAAAGGACAGAUAUGAUACUUUGCUAAAGAUUACUUGCUUUAAGGCUGCUGCUGGGAAUAUUUGGACAUCUUACCUCAAUAUUGAUGAGUCCAACUGCACCAGAAGUCCUAUGACACAGGGAAGAGAGCAUUGCUGAUCAAUCCACAUUUAUAGAAGAGUCCAAUGGCUUCUGAUGGCAAGGAUGAUGUUUCCUUGCGUACAAAGACAGCCAAGAAAUCCAGAGGGAGUAUAUUUAUAAUGAGCCGAAGAAGGAUUUCCUGCAAGGACCUUGGUGAUGCUGACUGCCAAGGGUGGAUGUAUAAGAAAAAAGAAAAAUCUUUUUUGGUCAACAAGUGGAAAAAAAUGUGGACUGUUUUAAAAGGCUCAUGCCUAUAUUGGUACACAAAUCAAUUGGCUGAAAAAGCAGAAGGCUUUAUCAAUCUACCAGACUUCAUUGUGAACCCUGCAGUGGAAUGUAAAAAAAAGCAUGCCAUAAAGAUCACACACCCGCAAAUCAAGACAUUUUAUUUUGCUGCUGAGAACAGAGAGGAAAUGAAUAAAUGGUUAAAUAAAUUGGGACUCGCUGUAAUCACACACCCAGUGGAAGAGAAAAAAGAAGAAGAAUGCUGGAGUGAAAGUGAACAUGAUGAUCAGGAUCUAACAACAGAUACGCCUCCCUCCACAUGUCCUGUACAACACAAAUGCAGUGAUUCAACUCUACCAGAUUCCUGUUCAUUAUCUUCAGAAUUGACUCUUUCACUGUGUGAAGGUGCCCUUACUCUGAAAUCGGUGUCCUCACUAUCAACAUUUGAAUUUCAUGAAAAUCAAUCAGAUAUUCACAAAAUAAAACGUUUGUCAGCACCAGAAAUUGAAAGACUCAUUUUAAUACAAAGCAUAUACCAAGAGAAGGAUCCACAAAAUGCAUAUGCAAAUGAUGGAACUUUAGAUACUGUACCAAAUGAAGAUGUUGCAGACAACAAAGAUAAUGCUGAUGAAAUGGAGAAACUGUACAAAUCUUUAGAGCAAGCAAGCUUAUCACCCAUUGGAGAACGACGACCUUCAUCUAAGCGUGAGCUAAGGAAAUCCUUUAUCAAACGUUGUAAAAAUCCAUCGGUUAAUGAAAAACUGCACAAGAUUAGAACAUUGAACAGCACAUUAAAGUGCAAAGAACACGACUUAGCUAUGAUCAACCAACUCCUGGAUAUUGGAGAACUAACAGCUGGAAAGUAUAGAGAAUGGAAGAAUUUGAACAUAAUGUUAUUUCCGGAUAUAUAUUCCCCAUCUUGUGAGCAAGAUUUCACAGACAUUAGCACAGACGAAACAAGCACAGCCAAUGCAUCUACAAUGCAAUAUAACUCCUAAGUCAAGGAUUUUUUUUAAAGUAAAUGUUUAAUAUUUAUACCUAAAGUUUAUACAAAUUAUGAUCUGUCCUGUACAUUAGCAAGUGUCUACUAAGGUUCUUGAAAAUAUGAAGUGUCACAAGUAAGUGCAUCAAAUGCAAUGCAAUUAGAAGCAGGGCAUUUGAUCAUUUGCAGUGUUUUAUGUAAAUAUAUAAAUAUAUAUUGUGUAUUUAAAACAUUAAUUUUCUAUUUCACUGGAUACAAGACAGAGAUUGAUUUGACUCAAUAUUUUUUUGUAUACAAAUUUAAGUAUACCUGGAGUCUUCAAUUCUAUGACUGCCACAGUCAGUCUGCUGGGAAAGUAUAGAGACACAUUCUUGCUAAAUCUUGCACCAUAUAGUAUAUCUUUUUAAGUAUUACAUUUCUGUGUCAGAUCAGGUUUGACUUUGUGGAGAGACACUGACUGAUAAAGAACUUUGAGCACACCUUAACAUGACGUAUUUUGGCAAAUGUUGCACUGAUUUUGCACUUUUAAAUUAUAGUAACAUCAGCCCACCAAAAUAUAAUGCUUGUGCAAACUAGAGCUAAACUUAGUUGCAAACAUGUUUAACAAAAUGUAAACUAGACUUCUAUAUUUAAAUGUUAGAAAUAAACGUAUCACCUAUAAUGUGCUUUUGUCUUGAAUUAAAAGACGCUAUAUUAGGAGCACAAACGAAAAAAAAAUGUACAUCUAUUUCUCAUAAUCUCCUGUGUAGCCUUUUCUUAUGCAAGCAACUGAGAAGCAAUUGGGGUUCACUGGAAACAUUCAAAAGCCAUUACAAACAUUCAAAAGCCACUAAAGAGCUGCUAGUGUCUACUUUACAACAAAGUCACUUGCUGUUUUUCAAUCAGUAAAAUAAAAUAAAGUGAAACUGCUUGCACAAAAUAGUGAAUGGCAUCAGUAGGUUUACAUUUUGUUGUAACUAUUUGCUGUGAGUGACUCUUUUGUGUUGCCCCUGCAAACAUCUUCUUUCUAAUAACCAUGAAACACUUGCUUUUCCCCAGAUUCUGCCUUCUUGGUUACAGUGAAAGAGACCAGAAGUGGCUUAGAAUUCUUUCCCAAUUCCAGGUUGUAGAUGAUGUCACUCAGUUGUGUUGGCUGGGUGUUUGAAACAAGAUGGACAUUUAUUUUUUAAAUAUUAGCGUUUUUUUUUUGUUUUUUUUUAUGCAUAAUAC